ACGUUCAUCCUUCAAACCAUGAAGAACAAGAGGAAUGUUGAGAAGUAAAAUGAAGUGAUAAUUGAUCAUUUCUUUAAAUUAAGAGAAUUGUAACUAUAAUUUGAGAGAGAGAGGGAAGAACAGAGUGAGAAUUUUCAGGGUCUAGGAAGGAAGUGGAUGAGUUAGACCGAGGAUUCGGGCGGCAAAAAAGAUCGCAAAGAGCACUACUAUUUAUGGCGCUUUUAGAUUUGCCCGAUUUAACUUUCCUGGAAACAUGUUAUGGAGCCCUUCCACAUUUUUCGAGUUUGAUUUCCUCACAGACAAGAAGCAACUGGAUCGAGAAAAAUCCGAAAAUUCUUCCUCAUUCGAUCUCUUGCGUUGAACAGCCGGUGAUUUUCAAAACGUGAAUGGAAGUGCAUUAGAACAGAGCGAUUGAGAUAUAUGAAAUACGCCAGUGAUUUUGAGCUCUACUGAAAUGUCAAAAAAAGUUACGGUCUAUAUCCAUGUCUGAAUUUAGGGUUUGUGUUUGUGUCAAAUUUUAUGGAGUGAUAUUUUGUGAGUAGAUAAAGAUUAGAUGGAAGAUUGCAAGAAUGGCACAAGAAUAUCAAACUCAUGAUAAUGGUGGUGGUGAUGGUAGUUUAGGGUUUGGUUCCAAUAGGAAGUCAAAACAAAGGAGAGCUCCUCAAAGAGGGCUAGGUGUUGCACAACUUGAAAAGAUCAGGCUAGAAGAACAGCAAAAGAAAAAUGCUACUGCAAUUUUUUCACCCUCAUCUUCUUUAUCACCUGCCAAGAUCUCCUCUAAGCUAUCUGUAUCAGCUCCAAAUUUGCACCCCAUAAAGCAAUCUUCCUGUUCUGUUCCACUUGCCUCUCUAUCUCCAUCCAAUUUUGUUUUCAAGUCACCUUUGCCUAGUAUCAAUAUUGAUGAUACAAGCAUGAACAGUAGUACUGCACUGAUCCAGUUGAAUAAUGGUGGUUUCGAGACGACGGAUAUGCCUGUACUUGGACAAGGAGAGGUCCCUAAAACAUGGAAUCCCCUAGAAUUCAAUCUUCAAAAGGAUAAUUGUAUCUCCGAUUUCAACUUUGGAUUUCGAUCGAAUUUCGUUUUGACCAAUGAAGCCAACAUUGAUUGGCCUUCCCAAGGAUUGGUGCAAAAAGAACAGCUACAUCAGCUAUCUUCCUCUGCAGGGGUGGAUGUGUCGUCGUCAUCGUCCCUGCUAAACUUUCUUACAGAGCCCCCUUCAAACCAAAGCUAUUGUGGCAACUACACUGCAGUGUGGCCAGAGAUGUUCGGCAUGAAGAGACCAUAUGCCUUGUCUAUGGACAUCCCUGCAAGCCCUACUUUCAACAGCAGACCUCCUAUGGCUGCUCCUAUGAGAUCAGAUGAAUCCGCUUCUUGUAGUAACGUUGGCUUCUAUAGUUAUCCGUUUAUCGGAGAAGGUCCAUCUUGUUCGUCUUCAUCCUCGGAACCAAAUUCAAGGAAAAAGUUGAAAGGAAAUACUUUUAGAGGAGAUUUACUCACACUAGCCACUCCAACAACUACAUGGAUAUGCCAAAGCUCAAAACUCAAGCACCUUUCAGCUCAUGCUGUGGAUAGUAACCAUGAGUUUGCAGAUCUCAUAUCACUACCUCGUCGAGGAAGCGUGGAGAUCCCAACUUAUCCCCAUCCAAAACCGAGUUGGUCCAAUCGACUUCAGCCAUACUACCGCUUUUUCCCUCCAGAAAUGGCACAAAGUGGCCAGGCAUCCCCCAAAACUUCGGGCAGAUUCAAUAUUGAAGAUGGAAGUGUUGAUCUUAAUCUGAAAUUAUAAACACCACAGUUUGUACCUGUUGCUUUUGGAACCUUUUUGCAGAGUAGUCCAUAUGUUUGAGAUCAUAAGAAUGGUAUGUUCAAGUUUCUUUCCUUA